CUGCAUCAAUCUUCAAUUUGAUGCUAAUUUACUUGCUAACUUAGCUCGUGGCCGAGAUGAAAAUAAGGCCACUGCAAUGACUCACUGAAGCUGAACAGAAGAAUAACUAGUGGUAGAUGUGCAAUUUUUCUCUUGCCAUGUUAACAAGUAGAAGCCGUGGAUGUAUUCUUAUUUUCGUCUCUACAUCUAUUGAUUCUGAGAAUAAGAAUAUGAACAUUAUUCAACGAGAAGUGAGUGGGAUAUAAGUGAAUCCAAGAGCAAGAAAUCAUGGCUCUUGUUGAGGACGUGCGUUGUGUCAACUGUGGGGAAUCCCUCGAUGAAAGCAUAUUCGGGGCGCUUUACAGAGGAUAUCCAUGCUGUCAACGAUGUUGGGCUCGCCUCGAGAAGCUGGCGGAACGAAAUCAAGCUGCCGAAAAGGCAGGUAUCAUCACGGCCUCGUCUGGUACAGCCGGUAAUUCUCUCCACUAUAAUUUUCAUUCUUAGUUCAUCCGGCUCCGCAACAUUCAAUGAUAAUAAAUUUGAAAUUUAUACUAGUCACUGGCAUGAUCCGCCUCACGGUCACGACAUGCACGGUCACGACAUGUUGAUGUUUGUUUUUGAAAAUUCUAUUGAUUUUUGUCCAGGUUCGAGUUUGCACCCGAUCCUGGACGUUAUUCCACCUGGUGUGCCGAAACUGAUUCUUACGACUGCGGCAGUUGGUGUGUGCUCAAAGUUGGCGCUUCGUAGUGGCAAGUCGCUCCUGCGAAGUGGUGUGGCAGGAGGUGGCCAAGCCCUAGAGAAUUUUCUCGAUAUGGCAAAAUCCGCUGGUCUACGCCCUCCUCAUCUGGAUACGAUAGAGGAAAUCAAAGCGCAUCCGGUAGAUGCGGUACAGGAUGCCUAUGUGAAUAGCCAGCGCACUGAUGAGUUCCAGCCACCGUGGUCGCCAUACUAUACGGCCCCAGGCGUUCCGGGCAACAACCCUCUGUAUCCGUUCGCAAAUAACCUGCCGGAAGACGUGAUGCAGCAGAUGGCAAGCGGAGCAGCGCUCCAGAACAACACCACGGGGGCCAACUACUACCCGCCAACAGGUGACGAGGAGGCGCUGGGAGAUCUAGGCAAGAACGAGAUGGAUCCAAAUGCGGAGAUCGACGAACGAAUGCUAGAGAGGAUGGCUAAUUCCUCAGGUUUUGAUGUCAACGCUGCACCCAUUGAAGGGUCCUCAUCAGCGCCGGGCUCGCCGCUCGCGAAUAUUCCUACCGGUCCUGGCGAUGGCGCGAUUCCGGGGAACGGUGCUGCAAGUUCGCUCUUCACCCCCGUUUCGCUUGGCUCGCGUCUAGUAAAUUGGCUUUCAGGCAUGGCGGGCAUCGAAAGCUCAAAUGUACCCAAGGGUUUUGUCCGAGGGCCCAAUGGUGCUGUAAUUCCAGCGAUGCCGCCGGAUCUGCCGCACAAUGCGAAUCCGGGACGGGCAUUCAAUUUUAUGGAAACGGAGACUUCAUUGUUAGAAAAUCAUCUGCAUUCAUUUUCGCAGAAUCACAAUGACAAAGGCAGUAAUAUUCUAGUAUACAACCGCGUGUUGCCCGUGGGCUGGAGAGUGCUGCAUUGAAGAUUGGCAUGACGUUCACACUGAACUUAGAAAGUGGGUCUAGGUUGAUUAAGCAGUUACUCAGGUAUGCUACAAAAUGACUUUUCCUGCUCUUGUGCCAGUUUUCCAAUCCUCCUUCAUGUGAGACGCCGAAGCGGGCGCGAAACUCGCUGCACAGGCAAAUGCGAGUGCCGCGUACCUUGCCUUUCCGCCUCGCGGUGGGCCGUCGGCGCGGAGAUUGUGGAGCAUCGAUUUUCCGCUAGGUCUUGGUCGGGUCGAGUUCGGACAGACGCCGGGAGAAAUGGCUGGCCACUUCGUUAUCGGUCCGGUGUAUCAUGCGGUGAAAGCGGCGCUCGAUACAGCAGCGGACUUUUUGGGUCCCCAAGAAGGCGAAGCAGAAGGCACUGCAGAGGCGCGCAAUCUCUUCCUUGAUUCUCGGGCUCGAAGCAAUGUCGCAUCGGCCGCGGCUAUCCUCAAUGAAGCGGGCGGCCUUGGGGAGCUGGCAAAAGAUAUUGCCGCAGCGGCAUAAAACAUUGUUGUGCAGACGCUCUAGGUUAGAGCUGCGAUUGCAGUUUCGAUUUUACCAAGCACUUUCGCGCGAUGUGCGGUCCCUGACCCUGGAAUCGAUAGCGUUCCCCUCCCACGGACAACAUCUUUGUUCUGGAAGGCGAAGGUCAUGAUAGAGGUGCUUUGUGAUUUGAUUUAUGUUCGAUAGUAUUGGUAUGGCAUAAGAAAAUGAAAAGUGACGACCCUCUCCUCAAUAUGCAGAUCCGUUUACAAGACUGGCAUCGACUCCGAAAUGAACUAUCUUAAUAUCCUCAGACGCAAGGCACCAGAGGUAAAACUUGAAGUUACUUAUGAUGUCGAUGGAGUCUCGCAUAUAUUCACAGGCUACGAGGUAGUUAGAGGCUGUUGACUCAAAAACAAUGAUGAGCGAAACAGAAUGAUUUCUAAUCUUCAAAUGUCAAAAUAAACGUAAAUCUUAAGGUAGACCGUGAUUGAGUUCGCCACGCUUUGUUUGAAAUGAUUACUAAAGAUAUUGACAUUUUUGCAAGCAAUGAGAAUGACUGCACAUGGAUAUUGCUUCGUUUUAUGGUCUUGGUCAUGCCGUGGCAGGUGAACUUCGAUGACUAGGAGGUACUAGCAAUAUCGCUCCAUAGAACUUUUCUAGUUCUAUUUAUUGUCGAGAUGAAGUCGCAUGCUGAUACUGGUUGAUUUCUUGCCCAGAAAGAGGUUUGUUUUUGUGCAAUUAAUUGCCAAGAAAAAUCAAGGAGGUUGAACGUGAACCACAUAAGGAUAAGGUGAGGCAUGAGAGAAUCCUCGUUGGGUCGUGCUAUUUUUUAGUGUUCCUGAUGAUAAGUAUUCUUGUUUUUAGUAGUGUGGAUCCGCGAAUGCGUGAGCCAUUUUUAUUUGCGACCCGUCAACCAGUUUUAGGAUACAAACGAGAC